AUGACGUCGCCAGGAGACCCCAGGGCUACGAGGGGAGCUGAGUUCGGCCUCAUCCCCGGUUCACGCUGCCUCCGUUGCCGCGCCGAGCGACCUCUGCCCCGGGCCUGGGGCUUUUGGAAAAACGUACCAACCAUGGACAAGGGUGUUGUGGAAGAUUGGCUUUCAGAGUUCAAGGCUCUACCAGAAUCCUCAAUCUCCAGCUAUGCAGUGACAGUCCAUCAGAAAACAGCUCUCGUGUCUGCACUUUACAAAGUGAUAGGAGCGCUAAACAGCGAACUGCUGGAGCCCGUGUGCCACCAGUUGUUCGAGUUUGUGCGCAGUGGUGAGGCUCGCCUGCGCCACUUUGCCCUGCAGUUCUUGCCAGCGCUCAUCAGCCGGUACCUGGCGGGCAGCGCGCCUUAUGGCCUCCGUGUGCAAAGCCACGGCUGUGUGGAUGCCCUGCUGCUGGGCCUCUAUAACCUGGAGAUUGUGGAAGCUGAUGGAAACAGCAAGGUGCUGGCCUUCACCAUUCCCACACUUGCCAAACCUUCUCUUUACCAUGAGCCUGGGAGUUUGGGCUCCAUGGCAAUGAUGGAAGCUGUAUUGUCUGGAAGAGAGGCAGUGAGAGUUGCUUAUGCUGGUCCCCUGCCACAGAGGGAAGCUUUCACUGCUCAGAACAGGUUUGAGGUUCUGAGUUUCCUGAUGCUCUGCUACAAUGCAGCCAUUGCUCACAUGCCUCCGUCUUCCCACCAAGCCCUGUGUCACAUGUGUUCUCGGGUGUGCGUGAGUGGCUUCCCACGGCAAAAGAAAAGGUGGCGGGAGCACCGUACCAAGAUAUCACUGUCUCCAGAGUUCAUUGUUGAUCUCUUAACAGGCGUCUAUUAUUCUAUAUAUAAUGGACAAUGGGAAUUGGGACAGGAGGCCUUGGAUGAUGUGCUGUAUCGAGCUCAGCUGGAGCUAUAUACUGAGCCAUUGCUGGUGGGAAAUGCAAUGCGCAGCUCGCUGAAGAACAGCACGCCUGAAACCAUUCAUCAGGGACAGCAGUGCAUACAGGUGGACGUCACGCCUACCUUCCGCAGGCUGUCUCGUGGCGCCGUAACCAGCGCGUCCAUACGCCGUCACCGCUGGCGGAAGGAUGUGCUGGAAGAGCAAUCCACAGAAGACAGUCUGCAGGUUGUAGAGGCUGAUGAAGGAUUUUCUUCACUAGCGUCAACUUCCAGCCAUUCUGCUUCAGCCAGCACAAGCAAAUCAUUUGCUCAAAAAUCCAGCACACGGAAAGUAGAAAUAGUGAGUAACUGGGUAGGCCGAGGCGAAAAGGGUAGCAAGGGUAAAAUAAAAAAUUCACCUCUGGCCUCUCGGCAUGAUACUAAGCCAGCAAUUACAGAUUUAGUAGCAGAUUCCAUUUCACACUUUAAAGGUUUAGGUGAAAAAGAUGAACAUUUACCCUUGCUAGGACUUACAGCAGCAGCAGGCCAAACCAGGAAGUGUUUUCCUCCAUUGGCAGGCCACGGGUCCUCUCCCCACUCAAAGUCAGAUGCCAGUGAGGCAGCUACUGAGACGAGUUACUUACAGCAAGACAGCAUAUCAGGGACAGCAGAUACAGAAACGCAGAGAGUGAACCCGAGUCUCAGCAUGUCCACACUAAAGCCAAGGGAGUUUAGUUUGAGUUCUGAAUCUGCUGCCAUCCAUUCAUGUGAGCAUAAUUUAAGUGGCGCCAAUGCUUCUGACCCACUGCUGAGAGCUACCGACGACAUGCAGGAAGGAAGCAGCGAGAUGAACACUGAGAAUGUGGGGCUUCUGUCUUCCAGCAGCCUGCAGGAUGUGAGUUUGGAACUUGUCGAGUUCUCUCCCAGCCACCAGCUCAACCAACAAGCUCGCUCACCAAGCUUGAAUGCUCAUCUCAUCACUUAAGUUUAAUAGUUUAGCUGAUGUAAUAUUAGAUUGUUUUUAUUAUAUGGAAACGGAGGCAAUCCUCUCGCCCAUCCAUUAUUGCUUUGCCACCAACAACAUUGUACUCACCUGGUUUGAUAUACCAGAUGGGACAGAAUAUAUAUUGUACGUCAGUGUUAGAGUAAAUCCAUGGUGCAUUUGUGUCCAGCCUACUGGAUCCUUGACCUCUAAAUCUUGUGGUUUAGCCGUGAUUAGCAGUGGUGGCUUUGCUUUUCAACUUUAGUUAUAUUAAGGUGCAUAAUUUUUAAUUUUUGUUAAGUUAUGUAUUUCCAAUCAGCCUCAACCUCUACCUCUUUGUAAUAUCAUUAUAGUUGCUUGUAUAUUGCCAGAUCUUGCCACGUUGAAAGAAAGCUGAGAUACGUUCGCAUUGGCUUGGUAAGGUGCCAUAGUUAAAUGACCUUUAUUCCAAUUACACUGUCUAUUUCGAGUUUGUGUGGUAAUCGUCAUCUGAAGCGGUUGUGGAGAUCAGGUACACAAAGUGUAAUUUUACCUGUUCUCGUUAUUGGUCUUCCACGUGUAAGCCUUAAGUCAGUUGUGUAUAUUGAUAAUGUAUUUGGGUAUUGUUUCCAAUAUUUUAUUGUUCUGUAACAUACAACGUAGAAAAGUAACUCCUUAAACAUUCCCAAACCGAAAUUAUUUUCAUAAACAUUCUCACCUUUGUACUGUAAUUUUCUUUUUUGUGAGUGUUUGAAAGUAGAAUUUAAAUAUAACCCAAAGUAAAAGUAUUCAUUUAACGCAAUUACAAGUCCUAUUAGCGAUUGUGAUCAUUUUGAAUGUGUAAGGAAAUUGUCAAGGAGUAAUGCAAUCCCAAUACUAUGUUACAAAUGCACUGAAUGUAAAUGUUUUGAUGCACUGUAUAGCUAUUAUCCAUUCCUUUAUUUUAUUGUUUACAGGCAGUGGUUGUCACACUAUAAGCAAUGCAUAAUAUACAUGCUUUACUGGAUUGUAUAGGCAAACAGUUGUGUUUGUGAACAAAGUGUCAUCAACCUUUAUUUAUUGUGCAUUUAUUUAUCAGUAGCACUUUUGGGUUUUUGAUUUGUCAAUGUUUUAACCUAGCAAAUGAAUUAACAUAUUUUGGCAUUCAAUGUAUACUCUAAUUUGUCAACGUUGAUAUAUACAAGAUAAUUAUUUAGACUGCACAGUCUAGAGGUUGGUAUUUUGAUCAGUUAUUAAAAUUAUUUGUGCAAGAAAAUUAUAUUGUCAUGUUAAAUUAGUGAAACCCCUUCAUUUGAUUUCACCAAUCUCUUUUGCAAUAAGAGUAUAAAUGUAACGAAUUUAAAAUUACAUUUUAAAGAACUACACUACUGUGUUUGGGAAACCUGAUAUUUAGGCUUGUAUGUAUAUUCUGUAACUAUCUCUGAUUCAUCUGUUGAAAAUUAAAGCUUUUUGUGAAAGUAGAAU